UCUCUCUCUCUCUCUCUCUCUCUCUCUCUCUCUCUCUCUUCUCUCCCCCUGUCCUUUGCAUUCUUGUGCCCUCAAAUGUGUCCCUCCCUCACGUCUAUCACUUUUAUUGUACUUUUCUCAGGAGUCUUCUCAAUUUCUGUUUGGUCCCAUUUGAAGAAUCUGGAAUGUACCGAAACCAAAGCACAGACACCAACAGCCACUGCAGCGAAGGCCUUCUCAACGAUCACAAGAGAAAGCUUAUCCAGUCUAUUAAAAGAAUCAAGCACGAGGUAGAUGAGAGCAGCGAAGCACAGAGUGAGACGUACAUACAGUCCGUGAACGUUGAGAACUCUUUUGAAGACCUGGAACGAGAAAUCCGAGCAGAGUUUCAGAACCUCCAUCGUUUCCUGGAUGAGGAGGAGUAUAACGACCUGGAGCGACUCGGGAGGGAGAGACAGAAACAACUGAAGCAGCUGAAGGAGAGGCAGAAGAAAAUAGCAGCGCAAGGGAGAGACCUGGAGAGAGCCAUCGGAGUGCUGAACAGCAAACUGACCGAGGAGAACAGCCCGACGCUGCUCACAGAAAUUCAAGAUCUCAUAAAAAGGUCUCAGGUCAGCUUUGUUCCUCCAGCAGAGGUGCACAGUGAGGUGCGCUCCGGCCAGUUUGUGGGGCCCAUCCAGUACAGGAUAUGGAAGCACAUGAAAAGCUGCCUCUACCCAAAUAUCACAUCAAUGACCAUUGACCCUGAGACAGCCCACCCAAAUCUGACCCUGUCCCAGUCUUGCACUUCAGUGUGGUAUGAAGAGGACAAGGACACCAAGCAGUGCCAGGCCAACCCACAACGGUUCCACAUGUAUUACUGUGUGUUGGGCCAUCAGAGCUUCACGACCGGCCGACACUACUGGGAGAUGGAGGUUGGAGGAAAGACGGCGUGGAAGUUGGGUGUUGUACGAGAAGAUGUCCCAAGAGGGGAGACGCGUACUACUGGCAGCGCCAGUGGCUUCUGGACUCUGGCCCUGAUGGGCGGAUCUGUCCAAGCCUGCACCGACCCAAAGCCCACCAAGGUCAACGUAUCCCUCCGACUCGCCCGCAUCGGCGUGUUCUUGGACUGUGAAAAGGAGGAGGUGUCUUUUUAUAAUGCGGUUACCAUGGCGCCAAUCUAUACCUUUUCUAUGGGACUGGUUGAGGUUCCUCUGUUCCCCUUCUAUAAUCCAUGUGAUGCAGAUGAUGGGAAGAACACGGCAGCCAUUAAAAUCUUCAACCCUUCACUAUGAUGAGCGGCUGCAGCGAGAAUUAUUCGGACAUUUAGAGCUGAAGUGAUUAGAAAAAAAUGAUUGGGAUUAAUGGUUAGUAGGCAAAAUUAUCAAACACGAGAUAUAUGCUUUAUUAGGAUUUAUGUGAAUAGUUUGGAAAUGUCAAGAUGGACAGAACAAUCCAUUUGAAGCCAUUACCUUGGAUCAUUUUUCAAAAUGGUAUGACUUUUUAUGGACAAAUGUAUUAAUUGGUAAAAGACAAAGACAAUAAUUGUUAGUUGGAGCUCUAAUUAUAUGAUGUACUUGCUGAAACUAUAUAAUAGAGAAAGUCCACAAGAAAAUACAUAACACAUUGCUGUUACUAUACCCACAGACAUGUGUAUCUGUUUUAAAUGCAAAUCUUCUUCUUAUGUGAUUAAGGUUAGUGGAAAAUAAAGGUGACGUGAAAAUCG